AUUUAAAGAAAGACCAAUUUCUCCAGUUGAGAAUAAAUUUUUAUGUCUUUAUGUACAGCUCGAUUUAAGAGACCUCUUCCGGAAUUUAUGCAAAACGCAGAUUUUGAAUUAUUCAACGGUUAAUAAACAGCAGGAAGCGUUUAUAUACAAUGUGGAAGAUAGUAAACUAUUCUGCGGAAAAAGGAAAUUAAUGUUUGAAUGAAAAACUGAAGACGAUUAAACUAUAAAGAAGAAUUAUUUCACAAAAAUGAACGAUACACGUAAUAUGAAGAAAGAGAAGAAACAACAUAUACAAGUCUUUGUCCGUGUCAGACCGACAAAUAAUACUGAGAAAAUAGGAAAAUCGAUAACAGUUGUUGAUAUACCAUCUAAUAAAGAGGUGGUCGUUCGUGAAAGACCUCAUGAUAAAUUUACAAAGAAAUUUACGUUUGACAAAGUAUUUGGACCUAAUUCGAAGCAGAUCCAAGUGUAUAAUGCGGUUGUCAGUCCCUUACUGGAGGAAGUUUUGGCUGGAUAUAAUUGCACAGUGUUUGCUUAUGGACAAACCGGUACUGGAAAGACUUUUACAAUGGAAGGAAUUGACAAUGAUCCAUCAUUACAUUGGCAAACAGAUACUACUGCUGGAAUUAUACCACGAGCUAUAAGUCAUUUAUUCGACGAGUUGCGUGUAUUAGGUGUACAAGAGUACUCAGUGAGGAUCAGCUUUUUAGAAUUAUACAAUGAAGAAAUAUUUGAUUUAUUGUCUCCUAGUGAUGAUGCUGCGAAAAUAAGGAUAUAUGAAGAUCCAAUUAAAAAGGGUGCUGUAAUAGUGCAUGGAUUAGAAGAAAUAUCAAUACAUACUAAAACUGAAGUAUUUAAUAUUCUUCAGAAAGGAUCUGAUAAACGACAGACUGCAGCUACUUUGAUGAAUGCACACUCAAGCCGGUCCCAUACAAUAUUUUCUAUUACUAUUCAUAUAAGGGAGAAUACAAUUGAUGGUGAAGAGUUAUUAAAAACAGGGAAACUAAAUUUAGUUGAUUUGGCUGGCAGUGAGAAUGUUGGAAGGUCUGGCGCUGUCGAUAAAAGAGCAAGAGAAGCCGGCAAUAUCAAUCAGUCUCUAUUAACUUUAGGUCGAGUUAUAACAGCACUUGCAGAAAAGACUCCACAUGUGCCUUACAGAGAAUCUAAAUUGACGCGAUUGCUUCAAGAAUCAUUAGGUGGACGUACUAGAACUUCAAUAAUCGCUACGGUAUCUCCUGCUAGUAUUAAUCUUGAGGAAACAUUGUCAACAUUAGAUUAUGCACAUCGUGCUAAAAAUAUCACGAAUCGCCCUGAGAUUAAUCAGAAAUUCUCUAAAAAGGCACUACUUCAAGAAUAUAUUGAAGAAAUUGAAAGAUUAAAGAAAGAUUUAGUAGCAUGUCGCGAACGAAAUGGUAUUUAUUUGACUCCAGAUAGUUACAAUGAAAUGCAAUCUUUAAUAGAAUUUCAAGGUAAAGAAAUAGAAGAAAAAUUAAAUCAUAUUAAAGCGCUCGAAGAAUGUAUGAACUCUAAAGAGCAAAUAUUUAACGAAUUAAAAUCAAAACAUUUUGAACAAGCAAAUGAAUUAUUAAGUAUGAAAAAUCAAUUGCAAAAUACAGUAAAUGUUUUAAUGUCAACAUCAACACGCUUGGUAACAUCGGAACAAGAAAAAGAGGAACAGAAGCAUCUUGUUGAAAAACAUGCACAUACUGAAAAUAUUCUUUUAUCACAAGUACAAUCAGUUUUAGAUGUUGCUGAUACAGCUACUUCAGAUGUAAAUAAACUUCAUGAAAAAAUCUUUCGUAAAUUGCAAAUAGGACAGCGAAAUAAAUCUCUUGCGCAACAAUUUAAAAAUAAUAUUAAAGAACAAAUCAGAAGAAUUGAAGAUGAUGUUGCAUCACAUACUGAAAAUUUAAUUCAAUUCUGUACUUCUAUGAAAAAUCAUAUUGAUGCGCAAAAUAUUUCGUUUAAUGAGGACAUUGAAAAGUCGAUUCAAGUUAUGUCUCAGGAUCUCCUUAAUUUAAAACAAAAUAUUCAUGAAUUGAAGAAAAAUACAAAUGAUUCUUAUUUAAGUUAUCAACAAUGGCUAGAAAGUGAAAAUAAAGAUGUUACAACUAUGACUAAUGUUAAGAUUAGUAUGUUAAAUAAUAUUUCUUCUCAUAUUGUACAAAAAUUUGAUAAAUUAAUAGAAAAUAAACUAGCUGAAAGUUUACAAGCAUUAAACAGUGAUAUUUCUCAAAAUAUUGAUAACUUGAUAGAAUCUACGGAAGAAUCAAUAAUAUCAAUUUCUAAAUGUUUAAUUGAAAAGCGGGAUUGUUUAAAUAAUAAUAUGUUAGAAAUUAAAGAAUAUGUUAAGAAUAUUCGACGAGAUCAAAAUGAUAUUAUUGAAAAACGGACAAAUUUUUUAAAGAUGAUGGACGAUUUGCAACAUUGUUUCAAUGAGGUACAAAAAGAGGAGGAAGAAAAUCAUUUUACAGUGUGCACUCUAUUAAACACUAUUGAUGAAACUUGUGAAGUUAUAAAUAAUCAAGCUUCGGAUACUUACAAAAUAAAUAUAGAAAAACAAUACGAUUUACAAAAAAUAUUUCGAAAUGAUUUAGAUACAAUAAAAAAGGAAGUUAUUGAAGUAACAGAUCAGUCUCGGUUGUUACACGAAAGUGCAGUAGCACAAGCUAAAAUAUCAAUAAACGAUUUCCAAGCAGAUUUGAAUAAGAAUUGUGAUACAUUAAUGAAUUUUAAAAAUUGUGUGGAACGUAAUAUUACGGAAAUGCAACAAAAAAUGGAGAAAGAUAAAAGUCUUAUUCUAUCAGCAAUUAAUGAUGUAUAUGUGAAAGUUUAUACCACUAGUAAUAAACACAUAAAUUGCUUAAAUGAUUAUAAAAUCGCAUUUAUGAAUAUAUUUCCACAAAUAAGUCAAAAGCUUGAAAAUGAAAAUAUUAAUACAGCAAAUAUGAAUAGUAAAAUUGUUUUAGAAAUACAAGAGAUAAUUGAUCAAAUUGACAAAUUCUUUGCACAAGAUUUAUAUCGCGAUAGUCCAACAGGCUCAACUCCUGCAAAGAAAGAUUUUCGGUAUUCUAAAAAACUUGUUAAAACAUCUCCACAUGAACGAUUGCUCAAAAGAUAUAGAGAAACGCUUAAAGACAUUGAAGAUACAGAAAAUGAGCCUAUGCUACUACUGACCCAUAACACGCCAAGAAAGGAAACUGUGGAUACAAGUUGACAAGCAAACUUUAAAGGAAUUACAACAGCAUAUGUAUUAUGUGAAAAUAUAUUAAAUAUGAAUUUUUAAAUUGUAUUUCAUAUAUAACAGUGCGACAAAAUAAAAUUGGUCAAAUCUUUUUAUA